AUGGAUGUUGAUAAAGAGCGCAUGGAGAAGCUGGAGAAAUUCAAGGGGAUGAGUGACCAGGUACGCAUCGGUGGCAAAGGAACGGCCCGCCGAAAGAAAAAAGUAGUUCACAAGAAUGCUGCCGCUGAUGACAAGAAACUUCAAAGCUCACUGAAAAAACUAAAUCUCAAUAAUAUUCCUACUAUAGAGGAGGUCAAUAUGUAUAAACCGGAUGGGACUAUGAUUCACUUCAAGAAUCCGAAAGUUCAGGUAGCCCCACAAGCCAAUGUGUUCGCAGUAACUGGACAAGCUGAAUAUAAAACACUAAAUGAUUUGUUCCCAAAUAUGCUUAAUCAAUGGGAAACAGCAAAGUUGCGAUUGGCUAAAAUGAAUGAAAAUUCAAAAACAUCAGAUUCAAAGGUAGAUGAUGGAGAUGAUGAUGUACCAGAGCUUGUUGAAGAUUUUGAUGAGAAAAGUCGUUUGGAAUAA